AUGGCAUCAAAACAAAACAUGGAAGAUGAAGAAGAUCUCGUCGAAAAUAUAAAGCCUGAUGAUACGAGGAAUGCUGAUGAUCAAAAAGACGGAGAGGUGUACGACAGCGUUGAUGAUGAUAUGGAAUUAAAGUGGGAAGACGAUGAUAUUGAUGAUGUAUCGAUCACAAAUGAAGACGCGCUUCUUGAAGAUGCCAUGGAUAAUGAUGAUAAAUUAUUAUCUUCUGACACUGUUAUACCGCAAGCUAGUCAAGAAAGUAUCAAAUAUGAGGACAAUCCUAAUGAAUUUAUAAAUAAAUCGAAUUCAGAUGAAUCAUUUGAACCGGCGAAAGCGCACGGUUUAAAUAAACCCGACAUGAUGCUGGAGAUACUAACUCAUAAUCUGAGUGAUUUAAGUGAUGAUGACGAUCUUACAAAUCUUAAAAUGUCUCCCGACGUUGACUUAGAACAGUGCAGUCCUAACAAAGAUUUAUUGAUUGAAAAUAAAGCUGACUUAAUAGAAACUGAUUUGAAUGAAGAUUAUGACCGAAUUUCAUCACCGGUUCAUGAAAAUAUUGAUGAUGAUUUAGAUAAAGGUGAGGAAAUUGCAAUUUGUGAUGAAAUCAAGCCAGAGGCGUCACUUUCAAGGCAACUUGGUGUAAAUGAUGACUCGAUGGAUGAAGAUAUUUUGCUUGGAGGUGAUGAUAAAGAUGAACAGGGUGAAAGUGGAACCGAAGAACUGUUGGAUGAUAAAAUUGAUUUAGAUACUGUUGAUUUAUCAGAGAUUAACUCUGAAGAAAAAUUGGAGUUAGGAAACGAUAAAUAUAAGUUAUUACAAAUUAUUCCUGAUGCGGAUGAUUCAAAACGUAAUAAUGAAGACAUGUCAGGAAUUAAACUACAAAGUGAAGAUAAAUGUAGUGAAAAAGAUGAACAAAUGAUCAUCCCAACCCAAAAACCACAAACAUCAGAUGCACUUAUACCUAAAGUUAUAAAUGAAGUAGAAGUAGACAAAUCAAGUUCUACAACAAUUUCAGAAAGAGAAGUUCAGGUAUUAGAAACCUGUACAAAAAGAAAAAAAUUAUCUUUGAGACUUAAAUCAGAUGAAACAAACACCUCAAAAUCUGAUGGAACGGAGCUUGCUUUAAGAGACUCGGAUAAUGUUCAAAGUGAUUCUAAUAAUGCUCAAUUGACCUCUGAAGAUGUAGACAAUCAACCCGACAUUGCUAACAUCGAGUUAGUUACUGUAAAAGACUUGGAAUCUGAAAAUACUAAGAAAAAUAAAGUUUCCGAGGACACUCAUUCACAACUACCAGAUAUUACUGAGUCAUUAAAACCUAAUAAAGACUUGAAAUGUAAAGAGAAGAAAAUUUCUCCUGAUAUAGAACCUCAACCAUCAACAAGUGGUAUCAGAAACACUAAAAUUAAUAUUGAAUCAGCUUCAAAGAAUGAUCAACUGACUCAGAUCUCUAAAGUAAGUUCACCGGUCGAAGAUGUUUCCGGAACAACUGAUAAUCUUGAUCUCUUAGCUGAAUCGUCCCGAGUGACACAUGACGAUGAAGUAGAAGAUGAAUAUAUGGAUGACGAGGAGGGAGAGGAUUUUGAACAUUUUGAUGAAAGCAGCAACCAGAUGGCAGCGGAACAGUCGGAGGAUUCAGAACAGCAUCACUCGGAUAAUGUUACAGAGACAACACAUAGUAAUGAUAAGGAGUUUAACUUUACAAUCACUGAUGUCGUCACUGAAAAUGUAGUUAAGACGGACAUUGAGAGACACGACAGUAAUAAGUCAGAUGAUUUGGAAUCAAUGCAGAUAGAAAAUGUGUCGCAGAAUAUGGAUAACUCUGAGGUUGAAGAAGUUGAAAAUGAUUGUGGAAGUGUGAAAGAAAAAUUGACAUCAGAAGGAAAUAAAAAUCUAGAUCAUCAAGAUGAGUCAAAAGAUCGUACUGAUGUGAGAAAUGUGGACACAAUGAGUUGUGUUGAUUUGGAGGAGAGCUCGGAAGAAGUUCCAGAGAUCUCUGAAGAUAGUACUAAAAGGAAUGAACGAAACUGUAAAAAAUAUCGUUCACAAAAACAAUCUACAAAACAAGGGGUAGUGAAAAAUAAAAAUAACUUAGAAAAUUGUCGCCAGUAUAGACAAAGGAAAAGCUUGCUUGAACAACAAUUACAAUCUAAGAACGAAGUUGUUCAUACUCCAACAACUUCAAGCUUGCAAAUGACAUUUGAACCUCAGCUUAAUACAGAUGCUCAAGAUAAUAUAAAUACCACAGAAGAAAUUAAUGAGGAUGAAUCAUCAAAGAAAGAAGAUGCAUUAUUGGAUGAAAACAAGACGUCGGUUAUGGAAACGGAACAGAAAGAUAUAAAUAUAUUGGAUAAAGAAGACAAGACAAAAUCUGAAGGAGAAGUAUUUAAUUUAGACUCGGAUGAAGAGGAUGUUGGUGAAAAGAAUAAAACGGACACUUCCCUUCAAGAUACUCAUGAGAAUAAAAAGCCCCAAACCCAACUGGUGAAGUGCAUCAACAAGUCUUGUGCGAACACAUCAUCAGAUUACUACACCGCGGACGGUAUAACAGUCAACUUCUAUGACCCGGAGCGAAAGAAAAGAGGUUACGUUUGUCAAACAUGCCUCAAUUUGGUCGAAGAUAGGAAUCAGCUGUUGAUCAGCGGCAUCAAGUCCCUGGCGCCGCUACUGAAGCUGGAGCCUGGCCGGCCGGAGGAGGACCUGGUCGAGAUAUCAGACUCGGAGUCCGAGGACGAGGCGGAACCGGAAGACGACGAUGACGUCAUAGGAGUGGAGGGGGCUAGGUAUAUAGAGGAGAAUUUGGCUGAUGUUCUGAACGAGACCUGGGUGAGGUACAACAUGGAUGACCGGCUGCGGGAGGCGCAGGACGAGCUGCAGCAACAGCUGGAACAGCUGCAGAAGGACAGUUUGGACAUCAAACAACUGUUAGACGAGUGCCAGCUAUCCACAGACAAGCUACGGUCAGAGCUGUACUCUAGCUUCGACCGCGACAUUAAAGAACUUCCACCACUUCUGAUAUACGACAUGCCUAAUUGCUCUGGAACUAGACUUUUAAAGCGUCGAAAAUCAUCUCUAUCAGAGUCCCCAGCAAAGAAAUCUGCAUUAGCAAUAAGUGAUCAAGACACAAACUCCCAAGAUAUGACAAACGAGAAAACAGAAGACGAAAAUCCCGAUGUAUCUGUGGUCCAUUUAUCCGUGGAGUCCGCGCCCCCCGACCUGCCACCCGCGGGGGAGGUCUCCUACCCCCCCUUAAGGGUGGGGAUGACCGUCUACGCGUCCAAAAACGCUUUGGGCUCCUGGAUGAAAGCCAAAAUUGUAGAGAUCACUCCGAAAUCAUCAGUUCCAAACUGUUUCACAUUAUGUCGUGUGAAGUACGAAUACAAACAGUCUAAGCCAACAAAGAUAUUACCUGCGCGACGCUUAGCUUACGUCGACCCUCCAGACGUUAGAAUGACUAUAGGUACUCGCGUGAUAGCGUUGUUCAAAGACAUAACCCUGAAAGAAUCCUUCUACCCGGGGAUCGUUGCUGAAAUACCCAACCCAGUCAACAAUUACCGUUACCUGAUAUUCUUCGACGAUGGCUACGCUCAAUACGCGCCUCAUUCCAAGGUCCGCCUGGUGUGUGAGUGUGCGUCCCACGUGUGGGAAGAAGUACAGCCCAAGUCGAGGGAAUUCGUUCGUAAAUAUCUGCUGGCUUACCCUGAGAGACCCAUGGUGAGGUUGCAUCCUGGACAGAGUUUGAAGACCGAAUGGAAAGACAAGUGGUGGUCGUCGGUGGUGGUGUCGGUGGACGCGUCGCUGGCUGAGGUCCAGCUCCUACAGCACGAGAGGCGCGAGUGGAUCUACCGAGGGUCCACGAGACUCGCGCCGCUGUACCUGGAGCUGCAGGCCGCCGAGAGACACAGGCCGCGGGCCCUGCCGCGAGCACUGACCGCGAGGACGAACAUGCCCUACGUGGAGUACACGAGGCCCGAGGAGCGGCCCGACCGACGAGCAGAGGGGACGACGCAACAGCUACAGGCUGAGGAGUUCCGUCGUCAACGCGCCGUCGCCAAGAAGUCCACAACAGAGAGCCGACCACCUCCCCCCACCACCGGGCAGAACCUAGACAACGUGACUAGCAGAGUGGUGUACUACACCCCAAAGAAACAGGUGAAGCCAUACAAGAUGGUGCCCCAUACUUGCUCGCCGGCCUGCAAGAGGACAGAUGUUUUAGCACUUAAGGAUUUGAGAACUUAUAAUCCAUUAGCCAAGCCACUGUUGAGCGGCUGGGAGAGACAGAUAGUCCGUUUCAAGGGCAACAAAGUAGUAUUAUACGUGUGUCCGUGCGGGCGCCGGGUCCGCUCUCCUCGUGAACUACAUCACUAUCUGCGGACCGUCGGUUCAGAACUGCCGGUAGACCUCUUCGACUUCACUCCGUCCACACACUGCCUGGCUGAGUUUGUACUCAAUAAAUGCUAUGUUGGCAAAAAGGACUUGUCCCAUGGCAAAGAGAACGUGCCAGUGCCGUGCGUGAACUACUACGACGAGUCUCUGCCGGAGUUCUGUUCGUACAACACGCAGCGCACCCCCACCGCCGGCGUGCCUCUCAACCUCGACCCGGAGUUCCUGUGUGGCUGUGACUGUGAGGACGACUGCGAGGACAAGACCAAGUGCGCCUGCUGGCAGCUCACUCUGGAGGGCGCGCGGACCAUAGGUCUGGAGGGGGAGGGCGUCGGCUAUGUGUACAAGAGGCUGCCGGAGCCGCUGCCCACUGGCAUAUACGAGUGUAACUCGAGGUGUAAGUGUAAGGACACGUGUCUUAACCGCGUCGCUCAACAUCCGCUGCAACUGAAGUUACAAGUGUUCAAGACGCUCAACCGCGGCUGGGGGAUUCGCGCUCUCAACGACAUUCCAAAAGGAACCUUCCUUUGUGUGUACGCUGGGAACUUACUCACAGACGCCACAGCAAAUCUUGACGGUCUGAACGAGGGUGACGAGUACCUGGCGGAGUUGGACUACAUCGAGGUGGUGGAGCAGAUGAAGGAGGGUUAUGAAGAAGAUAUACCGGAGAAUAUGAGGAAGAUGGAUGAGGUGGGUAGGGUACUGAGGAAUAUAUAG